AUGUGGACUUCAGACCUCCGAGGCACACCCUUUCUCUUCGUCUACUUAGGAAAAUGUCCAGGAAUUGAUAGCAAAGCUGCAGGAAAGGCAGAUGCCUGUUCCAAUUGUCCAAAUCGGAACAAUUGCCUCUCGCGCGAUAACGAAUCCGUUAAUAAAGUUAUCGAGUCUUCAAUUGAUGAAAUAAAAUCUCGCCUGGGAUUAGUUAAACAUAAAAUAAUAGUACUUUCCGGAAAGGGUGGAGUGGGAAAGAAUGCGGAUAUUUGCGGACCUUCUCUUCCACGUAUGAUGGGGGUAGAAAACGCGUUUCUUCAUAAAAAUAUCAACGGUUGGAGUCCAGUGGUGGAAUAUUUACUAUUCAAAUUUAAGAUAGUGAAGGAGAACUUAUGUUUAAUCUCUUCAUCUUUUAUUGCUGAUGACGAGGAUAAGGCAUUUAUUUGGUAUGGAGAUAAAAAAACAGGCAUUUUACUAAUUAAUAUAAAAGGACUAAUUGUUCAAUUUUUACGUGAUGUUGAUUGGCCAAGAGAAUUGGAUUAUAUGAUAAUUGAUACUCCGCCGGGCACAUCUGAUGAACACUUGUCCUUAAUUCGAUAUCUUGGCGAUGUCGAUGGUGUUGUCAUUGUGACCACUCCACAAGAAUUGUCUCUUGUUGAUGUUAAAAAACAAAUUAAUUUUUGUCGGAAGAUUGGAUUGAAUAUUAUAGGAUUGGUUGAAAACAUGUCUUCAUUUUGUUGUACUCACUGUCUGGUUAAUUAUUGCUUAUUGUUAUUAAAGAAAUGUUCUAAUAUUUUUCCUCAAGAUUCUUGUGGUGGGGAAACGAUGGCCAAGGAAAUGGAAAUAAAAUAUUUGGGUAGUAUUCCCCUGGAUGCUAAUAUUGGUGAUUCAUUAAGUUUUUAA